UUACCGCAUCACAAGUAUUCGCACAGUCCUUUCUCGAGAUCACGUGUGAGAUGGCAUAUUUCGUACGAUUUUGUUUCAGUGUGAUAGUUGUGUGUAACAUUUUGAGUGAAACCCAACAGUAUGUGUUCAGGGAAUCUCAAGCUGCAUCACCGCCAAUACUGCCAUUUCCUACAUGCAGGGCGGAAGAAAUAGAUUGUCUAAGACGAGGGAUACGAACUUUCCUCAUCCUUAUGAACUCAGGGUAUUUCGGAAUGAAGCCGAUAGAUCCAGUCAUUAUCAACAGCGUCGCUAUUUCCCUACCUGAAGAGAAGAUGUCGUUCCUGCUAAGAAAUGUAAACGUUAUUGGCGCUAAAUGGACUGAUCUUCAUAGCAGGAGUUUUAAUUUAGAAGGCGGCAGGAGCGGUGUGGUGUUUGUGAGUGAUUUCCAUAUAACAGGUGAACUGAGUAUGCUUUUGGGUGGCAACGUUAAUCCCUACACUGCGUAUAUGACAAUGGAUAUUCAUCAAGUUGAAACCAAUGUCACAUACGCCGUUGAUGGUAGAAGACGCAACAAUGACGAUUACAUAAUUGUAAGCCAAGAAAGGAUAAUUCCAAGAAAUAGUCGAUUACCUACAUACUUUCUUCAACCGAAUUCCGAGGAAACCGCCGCGAUACAACAAAUAUUGGACCUAAAACCAUCUAUUGUGGACCACCUAUCUGACGAGAUUACGACUGCGGUCAUGCAUAUACUUGUUGAUAACUUCAAACUAUUCUCUAGUAAAGUUCCUGUGCGGUAUUAUUAUAAUUACUAGUAAACA